AUGGACAACCUCCGUCGAAUCUUCGAUACGGCGUGUGUCUUGUCUACUUUUCUCUCCAAAAGAUCUGAUUACCGCCCUGACGCAAACAAGAUCGCACAUGCUGUAUCCCAGCAACUUAAUCAAGAGGUAUCGUUGGACGACUUGAGCAGGAUCAAGUAUUUGCUUCCGGACGAGAUUGUGUUUGACUACGAAGACAUCGUAUUUGAUGCAGUUAACGAUAGAAGUGAGCCGCAGAAAGUGUUGCUCUUCCAAUUCGUGGAUACAGUCAAAGAUGCUGAAAAUCCAGGAUCCUUGUUGGCCAAAAUCACUCAACGAAAAGAAAGGUUUCAGCGAGCGGCCAGUCAGUUCAUGUCUCGCAGAUCAUGGGACGACCUUGUGGAGGGUGCAAAGUCAAUGUACCCACGUUCAAACCCAAAUAUAUCUAUGGAAAUUGGCCCAUUGAAAGGCGAAAGUAUGGACGAAAUUAUAGACUCGUUGGAUGAAGAAUUAGCGGCCAAGCGAACUGUGCCGCCUAGACCAAGCAGCUAUGCACCUACACCGUCCAGAUAUGAACAAUUGCUCUCUCAGUUUGGAAUCGAAAAACUUUAUUCGCACCAGGCACAAGCCAUUGAGUUCAUUGAAGAAGGUAAAAACGUUAUCAUAACCACUUCAACGGCCUCUGGAAAGUCUCUGGUUUUUCAAAUGCCAAUUGUUGAUUGUCUUCAGUCGGGUGAGGGCACAGCCAUGUAUUUAUCCCCCACAAAAGCUCUUGCACAAGACCAGUUGAGAUCGUUCAGAAAUCUGCUUGAUGAGGACCUUGUUUACGCUUUCGAUGGUGAUACACCCGCAAACGACCGCCAGGGUAUUAUAGAAGAGGGCAGACUGAUCCUGUGCAACCCGGAUAUUUUACACUGUACAAUACUUCCGCAAUGGCAAAAAUGGCAGCGUUUUUUAGAGAAUUUGCGUUUUGUCGUGCUCGAUGAGUUGCAUUGUUACCAGGGGGUGUUUGGAGCUCACACGGCCAUGGUGUUUAGACGCUUGCGUCGUUUAUGUUUCGACCUAGGCAACGAUCAGCUUCAGUUUAUUGCAUGCUCGGCAACAAUAGAUAAGCCGCUCCAUUUUUUUUCUCAAAUUACAGGUCUUGAAGAAGAACAGAUUCGAAUGGUUGACAAUGACGGUUCACCAGCGGGAAAGAAGCAUUUCUUAUUUAUAAAUACCCCUCACCUGGUUGAAGAUGAUCCAUCCAGUGGGAGGGCGCUUCCUAUGACUAUUGCAGUUCCUUUGUUGAUUCGAUUGGUCUCGAGUGGACUGCGGGUAAUUGCAUUUUGUCGGGUUCGUAAAGUUUGUGAGCUUAUGAUGAGAUCGAUUCGAGAACAGUUGAGGGACCAAGAUAACGGUGAAGAGAUCUUGAGCUGUAUAAUGAGCUACAGAGGAGGGUAUGCACCCGAAAAACGUCGUGAGAUUGAGCGUGAGAUGUUUUGUGGAAAACUCAGGGCUGUAAUUGCCACUUCAGCUUUGGAAAUAGGUAUUGACAUCGGAAACCUCGAUGCUGCUGUUUUGGUGGGGUUUCCGUAUUCUUUGGCUAGCUUUCGUCAACAAGUUGGGCGUGUUGGUCGCCGCAGUACUGAUUCGCUUGUGGCGAUCGUUGCGGAUGGCUCAGUUCUCGACCGCACUUUUGUCAACGACCCAGAUAGGAUCUUUACUGAUAGAGACCCUUUGAUUCCUUUACCAAUAGAACCCGCGAUUGUUUCGAGCCAUUUGGACUGUGCGGCAUAUGAAUUAGCCCUGACCGAGGAAGAUGGUGAGGUGUUUCCGCUGUGGGAAAGCCUGAAGCAUUCUCUGGAAUUCGAAGACGGCCAAUACCAUACUUCAAAGUAUCGCCCUGCUGAAAAAGUCAGUCUUAGGGUUGCCGACUCUACAGAUAUAGCUGUGGUGAAUGUGACAGGUGGUAAUUGCGAGAUUCUAGAAAUGAUAGAGUUCAGCAGAAUCGGAUUCACAAUAUACGAAGGUGCCAUUUUCCACCAUCAAGGUAAACCGUACAUUGUAGUGAAGCUCAAUACGGAUGAAAACUAUGCACACGUUAUCGAAACAAAAGUUCAAUGGACAACGCGACAACGAGACUUUACGGAUGUUGACCCGCUAAGCUCGCAAAAAUAUAAAACCCUGAACGAUGCUUUAUGUGCCAUUGGCAAAGUUCAGGUAGCAACAACAGUAUUUGGGUAUUUCAAAGUCGACCGAAGAAACAAAAUUAUAGAGGCAGUGGACGUGUACUUGCCCCCAUUUGAGGCCAAGCGAGCCGGCAUUUGGAUGAAUUUGUCAAUUGCUGUUCUAGAAACCAUUACUGAAAAAAACCUCAAUGCGGCCGCUGCGAUACAUGCCGCAGAGCAUUUGAUCAUAAGCAUGAUUCCCCGAUUUGUUGUAACGUCUCCUGGGGAUCUCGGGACAGAAUGUAAGGCUCCUGAGAAGGAGCUGGCAAAGAAGGCGACGGGAAGAAUUCGCCUUGCUCGUUUGAUCAUUUUUGAGAGACGUGGCGGUGAAGCAGGAAAUGGAACUGUUGAAAAAGUUUAUGAAUGCUUAGAUCAAAUACUUGAUGCCUGCUGUGAGCGUAUUGAUGCAUGCCCCUGUACUCAUGGAUGUCUGGAUUGUAUUGCCAUGAGCGGAUGUACCGAGAAUAACAUUGUUUUGUCGAAACCCGGGGCACAAGUCAUAUUACGCAUGUUGAUGAACCAUCCGAUCGACGAUGUCCCUGAUGGCCCUGAACCCAACUUCGAGGCAAGCGAUAUCAUCACCGUGCAGGCGGUGCAGGCACAUCCAGUAGUGAAUAUUAAAAAAGAAGAGUAA